GUGCAGAGUAGCCGUCCAUUGGCACCAUGCUGCGGCUGCAACGAUGAUGAGGAGCUGGAGGACACCGAGAGGAGGCCAGUCUGAGCGUUGUCGGCUUUGGCUGCGACGCCUGCCGCUAGCCGUGCUCGCGAUCGGCGGUGGAACGAUGUCAGGGACGCAAUGUGAGGUGGCGCCGCUUCCAACUGGCCGGUGGCGGUUGGACAAGGCGAGGAGUGAGUCCAUGCGGCCCUACUUCGCCGGCCUCGGAUUACCUGGCUUCGUGGCUAGGAUCAUCGACCACGUCCCAGUAGAUCUCCAUAUCAGAGUGGAGGAGAAGAUCCUCACAGUUGUUGACAAGACGCUCUUUGGGGAGAACAGCACGACCAUCGAGCUGGGUGGUCUAGAAGUUGAGAAAGAGACGCGAAACAAGCGCAAGAAAUUCAUGCUCUCCGCAUUUGAAGAGACUUCGGAGGGCCUGCCCGAGCUGACAGUGAAGUGCAGACUUUUCCAGCGCGGGGACGGCUGGCACUCCCUGCAAAGCUUUACCCUCCUCCAAGAGGGGUCUUUGCGUGAGCGCUACAUCCUGCAGCGGCCUGGAGAGAGUGAUAUUGUGGUGACACGAGUCUUCAGGAGCCUGGACGCGCGGCCAGAGCAGAAGGAGUCGGCACUGAGUUCCCCAAGAUCUUCCGGGAACUCCAUUCGCCUCCUAGGUGGAGUUGGCCUGCUGGCAGGGUUCUUAGCCACCGCACUCUGUGUCCAGUGA